CUCGAUGUGGAUGAUCAAUCCGAUCAGUUAACUGAGGGAAAUAAUACCUAAUCAGGUUCUGUUAUCAUCCCGCUCGUCUGAAGGGGUUAGAAGGGUGAAAGAGACUGCUAAUACUAUAGGCAAUAAUGUACCGCUCAGAUCCGACGGAUCGCCGAGAGCCCCUCCCCCGCGGAUGACGUCGCAUAGCAUUCCGUGUGUUUACACGCCUUCGGCACCAAAAAUAGACCUACUCUGCGUUCCGUUUCUGUUGAUAUAGGAUUUACUAUCUCCCGGAUAGGGACCCUUGUCGAUUCACUAGUCUCUCGUUCUGCACUUCCUUUCUACUUCCUUUCUACUGCUGCCGGUUUCCCACUUCUUCUGGAUGCCUCUCACAGUCCUUAGCAACGAGCAGCUUCGCUCAUUGCUCCUCUCCCUAACCCGCGACGAGGUGCUUCAAUUACAGAAAAAUCUCGCUCAGGCACUGAGAGAAUACUCAACAGGCAGCCAAGAUAAGGGCUGUUCGGCAGAUUAUCAACCGCAACGGACGGCCAUCACGAGGAAGGAUGGUAGCUCGACGAUCUUCAUGCCCGCCAGCACGGGCAGCACAAUGGGAAUAAAGAUCAUUUCGCUGCAAAGUGGAGGAAAGGCAGGGUAUAGCACAGGAUCAGCAACACGGGGAAGGGAGAGUAGAGUGCGAUUUGCGCCAGAGGCUUCAAGGGAUUCCAGACCUUCUAUCGGUUCGGACAUCAGCCGGUUAUCGAUAUCUUCGCAAGAAGAUUCCGACAUUUUAAACGUACCGUCCGCCAGCAUCAAUAAUCGUCCUUUGUCACCGGUAUCGAGCACAUCAUCUGCUUCGCGUACCGGUCUAUCAUCUACCUCCGGGGCCUGGUUUGGAGCGGGAACCCGCGACACGUCUCCGCCCGGCACCGUGACUCUACUGGACUCGAACAGCAUCCCGUUUGGAAUUAUCCGAGCGCAGGAAUUGACUGCCUUUCGGACAGCAUUAGCGUCGAUGAUGCUCUUUAAUCGGCGGAAGAAGGCCAAGACAAUCACCGUGUUCGGCGCUGGAAAGCAAGCAUACUGGCACAUCCGGCUGGCGUUGGUGCUUCGCGACGAGAUCAAACGUGUCUACAUUAUCAACCGGUCGUUUGAGCGUGCCGCCGAACUCCUGAAGGAUAUUUACGGCCCGGAGAACACGAGCUGGCGUGGAAACGUCAAGUUUUCCGCCUUCAGCAGCGACUUUGUCGAGUCGGAAAGACUCCUCAAGGAGGCCGUGCGGAAGGCGGAUGCCAUCUUCUGCUGUACCCCGUCGACUGCUCCGCUCUUCCCUGCUGAAUUCUUGACUUCGUCAGAGGGACGGCGGAAAGGACGCUUGGUUUGCGCUAUCGGAUCGUACAAGCCGCACAUGACGGAGCUGCACCCGGAUGUCCUGCGCGACGAAGUCACUCCUCAUCAUUCUUCACACCACCACCACAGGCAUACCAGACGGAGCGGCGUUAUCGUGGUCGAUACGCUCGACGCCUGUCUUCAGGAGGCGGGCGAGAUCGUCCAGGCUGGUGUGACGCCACAGCAAUUGGUGGAGUUGGGUGAAUUGAUGAUGAUUCGAGAAGCUGCUCGGUUGGCGAUGGAACAAGGUGGAGAGGAGGAAAAGGGCCUGCUGGAGUGGAUAGAGAGUGGCAAUGUGAUAUUCAAGAGUGUCGGGCUGGGCCUGAUGGACCUUGUCACCGGAGGUGAUCUGAUCAAGCUCGCACAGGAGAGAGGAGUGGGCACGACUGUUGAAGAGUUCUAGGGGAUGGGUUUAGUUACUGUUCGGUGCUUUGUACAUCAUACCGUUGAUAUCCUGUCGAGUCUCGAUUUGAUUUGCUAUUGGAAAUGAUCUGUUUUCCCUUUCUUUUUUUUUUUUUUCCUCUUCUUUCCUUUUCAAAAUAAACUUGCUUUUUCUCGCGUAUUCAACAUCAACGCCACUUGUCGUUUAGACCACACUGCUUC